GGAAAGGUUAAUUACGUAGUAGAAAACUGGCCACCGGCCAUAAGAACUGUAACGGUGAACCUUACAACGACUGGUGGGUUGGCGCCAGAGGUGAAGAUUGACGAGCUGCAGGUAUGGACCUGCGGAGAGGUUCGAAAAAUUACGACAGCUCCAUUUACCGCCGUUCCCACUGGCUCGACCGGGCCAGUCGUGGAAACGACGACGCCGCCAGUGCCAGAAUCAACGACAGCCGGCACUCAAGCAACGCAACCAGGACAAACGACAACGGGUCCCAUUGAAACGACAACCCCAAGUCAGUCAGUUGGACCUAUUAAAGAGCAGGAGAAAACAACUGCUGCGCCUGGCACCACUCCUCCGAGUCUCGGCGGCACAACGAAAACCGUUCCAUCAGCCACGGUCAGCAAGUGCCGAGUCAGCGACAUCAUCGACAGCUACGAUUCGUCUGUUGCAUCGCAUCCAGGAAAUCCGAUCGAAGAUAAAUCAACGUUCGUUAUACCGCANAGCAUCGAACCCUCUUUCGUGGUAUCAUUUGGAGAAGCAGGAAAGACGGUAAUGAGAGUCGAAUUUAUGGUAGAACCAAAAGUCGUCGAGAAAGUUGUUAUUUCUGCAGAAACUGCAGAUGGCCGUCCCGUACCCGGCGAUGUAGAGACUCCGGAUGAAGAA